CCCGAGGUGCUGCAUUAAUUUUUGCGCCCAAUUGCUAUUCUUCUGGGCUCCUUUUAUGUAGAGUCCUCUUUUAUUGUUAUAAUAACCAGUCUGCUUCUUCAGUUCUACGUGAGGUGUUACCAAUGACGACUCUUGUGCCCCGCGAGCCUUACUCCAAGGAAGAGCUGGAGAAGCUCUAUCCAAAGGAACUUCAGCUUCAAUUGGUCCAGGUGUUGGAUCUAAGAACGGUUAUUCAAGGUGAACGGACGCCGGUCUCCUCGCGAUUCCAGAAUGCAGGCCUCGCGCCAUAUUGGCCGUAUUGCAAUGUCGCGCGUCGGAUGAUCCAGAUGGCAGCCAGCGAGAAAGACCUCUCAUCGUGGAAUGGCUUUCAAUGGCGAAGAAAAAUGGAAGCCUUCGGUGACAGAGACGAGUCGGUUGUUGCCGUGGGUGCGACGGGUGACAUAGAGGGUAUCUGCCAACAUGGUGAAUUGACAGAUAGAGGGCGGGAGACUACGUUUGAGCUGGGUCAGCGUCUGAGACAUCUUUAUGUCGAUCAGCUCGGUUUCAUGCCAAAGAUCAAAUCGGAUACCGAAGACAUGUACCUUCGCGCCACGCCUAUCCCUCGAGCGCUCGAGUCUCUCCAGCAAGCCUUUUGGGGCAUGUACCCGGCCAGUGCGCGUACGCAAGACUUCCCUCCGCCGGUGAUUGUUGCUCGCUCUUUCUCGGAUGAGACACUCUAUCCCAAUGAGGGUAACUGCCGGCGAUUCAGGCAAUUGGCCCGGCUAUUCGCUGAUCGGGCCGCGAAAAGAUGGAACGAAUCCGAACAAAUGAACUACCUUAACAGCGUCUGGUCUAAGUGGAUGCCGGACGCCUCUCCCCAAAUCGCCUUCUACGACAAGAAAGCCCGCGAGUACACCAACACCAUCGCCGUCGACGAGUGGUUCGCCGGAUACACGGAGAGCAGGGAAUACCGGAAACUCGGGAUCGGCGCCUUGAUGGGCGACGUGGUCGACCGCAUGGUCAACGCCGCUGCCAACGGCGGCUGGCGCAGUGAGCGCUCCGCCUCCGGCUCGUCCGCGGAGAACGGCAAGGCGAUCAAGUUCGCCAUGAGCGGGUGCCACGAUACCACUCUCGCCGCUAUCCUAGGCAGUGUGGGCGCCUUUGACGCCAGAUGGCCGCCUUUCACCUCUUCCAUCGCCAUUGAACUCUUCUCCCGUGCGGAGAACCCACCUCCGUCGUCACCUUCCCCGUCUGCCAAGCAAAGGGGCCUCCUCUCGUACCUCACCGGUCAUGAUGUCGCGCCCUCGUCCGACACGGACCGCACCCCGCUUUCCUCUCUGCCAAACUCGACACGGCAGGCGCUGCAGAACCACUACGUGCGCAUCCGAUACAAUGACCGCCCCGUCCGGAUUCCCGGCUGCGCGGCGAAAGCGGAGAACCAUCUCCCCGGCGACGAGACGUUCUGCACGCUCGAUGCAUUCAAGGAGAUCGUGGAUAAGUUCACGCCCGAGAACUGGAGGGAGGAGUGUGUACAGAAUCUUGGGGAGGGGCUGUACGGCAAAGACGAUGCGGAGAAGGCUGUUGCCGGGUUCUAGUAACAUUCGGGGCUAGUUUAUAGAGGGCAAUCAUUUCUUGAAUCCAGUAGACUGGGAAUAAUGGAUGUACUUGAAUAGCACGUUUUGUAAUAUUGUCGUUAGCUGUCCAAUACCGUCGAAAAAGUCUUAUGUAUAUGCAUGCACACAUGGCA